AUGCUUUGCUGGUUUACUUUGUUCUUCCACUUUCUCCUCCUCCGCCUUCUCAUUUCAUUCUGCCGCCUGCCAGAUCAGUGUCUAGCCGGACUGAGUCAGUGUGCUGGGGAGAAUAACUUGCGAGCCGAAAUAUCUGUGGUUGAGGAACAGAAUGAAAACAGUGUGGUGGAGAACCUGAAUGAGCUCACACGCCGGGCCCUGGAGCGCUCUGGACUCCCCUGGCGUAGCCAUUUGCCCCUGUGCUUCACCCUCCUCGAAUCAAACGCCUUCUUUCGAGUUAGCUUCAAUGAAGCCACCAACGAGUCCCUACUACUCCUUAAAAGCCGUCUGGACAGAGAGAGUCUCUGUUAUACUGAUAAUACCUGUUGCUCCAGCGUGGAAACUCAACUUGGCGCCAAACCAUUUGAUCCGCUGAUGCCGAGCCCCAAGUCGGACUGCGCCCUUUCACUCAUUCUUAUGUUUGACCUGCAAAAUAACCUUGAUUUUAGCGCAGAACAGUGUCUUCUCUCCCUGACAAUUCGUGUUCUCGACAUAAAUGACAAUGCACCCAGCUGGCCCGUCCAGUACAGACGAGAAAAACCAGUUGGCCCACUGCGCUAUGGAGGCAGCAGUUCCAGAGAAAGCAGUCAGUCGGGCAGUCAGGUGACUUCAGUUUUUGAUCUUCCAAUCAGGGAGCACACGAAGAUCGGCACCAAAUUUGAGCUUCCACUUGCUGUUGAUCCUGACGCCUACCCAGAAAACACGACCACGCACUAUGAAAUUGAACAUAACAGCCCGAACAGCGACCUAUUUCGCCUCGAAUGGACUGGGAAAUCCCAGCAUCUAAGCUUUCCGGAGGAGUCCGAGGCAUCCAUCGGAGAUUUGCGUAGUGGCUCCGGUCCCAUGAAGCUGUGGCUCGUCCUCAACAAGGAGAUCGAUCGCGAUAUACAGAGUUCUUACCAAAUUAUGAUCGCGGCAGUGGAUGGGGCUGUUACCAAACCGCAGACUGGAUACCUCCUGCUAAAUAUUACUGUUGAGGACAUCAACGACCACCCGCCGGAGCUUGAAAAACGUGUAGACUUUGUUUGGGUAGUAGAACACAGUCCCAUCGGUAGUGUGAUCUACAGGGUAAAGGCCACGGACAAGGACGAAUCAGAUCUGGACAGGCUGGCCUACAGUUUGUCAGCCACAGCCACGCCUACCGUGUGUGAACUCUUCAGUGUGGAUCCACGAACUGGAGAUGUACGGGUGCAGGGUGAUCUCGACUACGAGCGACAAACAUCUUACCAGGUUCCUGUCACGGUCAGCGAUGGGCUCUGGUCUGAUGAGGCCAAGAUUACUAUCGGGCUAAUCAAUAUAAACGAUCACCCUCCCAGUGUCAGUCUGCACUCGCAUUUAUCGGCGACAAAAUUCCAGUCCUAUGACAUGCUUCAACGUGUUCCCGGCUCCCAGCUCACAAUUGAGGUGCGGGAAAACGGACCGCCUGACCAGCUGAUUGCCACCUUCUACGUGACCGAUUUGGAUGAUGCCGCGGAGGAACGUUUCCUGCAGACUGACUCCCCCGUAAGGGAGGCCUUUCUACGAGCUAAUGGAAUCAGCCUUCAGCAGGUGAUGGAACGCAUCAGCCAACCACCCACCUGUAAGAUAAACAGCGACCUGCUGACGAUCCAGCAGUUGAGAGUAAACGCAAACAGUCGCUCCUUCAAGUCCCGCUUCCAGAUCCGUCUGGCGAACAAGGCUCUGGAUCGUGAGGUCUCCGCAAAGUAUCUCAUUCGCCUCGAGUGUUGGGACCAGACGAAUCGCUUUGGUAAUACAAUUCUCGCACAAUCUCAGUCCCGCAUGGGAGGACUUCACCACCCCUUUUCCAGGUCCACCGGUGUCCUCUUCAGCCUUGUCGUUCUGGAUGAGAACGAUUCAGUGCCACAGUUUGUUGGACCUAUGACCGGCACUAUUGCUGAGGGUCUUCCGGUGGGCACUCUGAUCAUGCAGUUGACUGCCAAGGACGCGGAUGAUCCCUACACCCUGGGUGGUCAGGCUGGGCUGCGGUUCCGGCUGAGCGGGGAGCCUGUUGUGCGAUACGCACAGUCCUAUGGGCAGAACAACAAUAGUUCCAAUAAAGAAACGCCGGCCUUGUUACAACCGCCAUCCACUUGUCCCAUCUACGACCUGAAUGUCAGCGAGGGAGCCACUCCGCCGCUGCUGAUUGGUCGAGUGCAUGUGAGUGACUGCGACAGUGAUGAGAACAAUCGUCUGCUGCACUACUGGCUGCAGCAACCCAGAAGCAUUCCCCCAGAGUUUAGCAGGUCAGAGGAAACUGGCAACGAUGCCGGCAAGAGGCAAAUGCCUACGGUUCCCCUGCUAGUCCCAACCAUGACGCCCUCUUCCUCAUCGGCCCGAUGGUUCACAAUUUCCCGCUCUGGUGAACUCUAUCUGGGCGCUGCCAGUCAGCGGCGCCUGAGUAAUAAUCAGGCCUCUCAGGCUAAUAACAAUCCCCACCUCCAGGAUUGGCGCCCGCUGGACAGAGAACGUGAGGAGAUAAUUGUACUGGAUGUCUGUGCACGAGAUCAUGGUCAACCCUCGUUGACGGGUUCCGCUCAGAUUAUCAUACGUCUACUUGACAUCAACGACAACUCCCCGAUGUGGCAGUUUCCUCGAUCCAAUGAGCGUAUCCUCAACGUCUCCCUGGAGGCCUCAGUAGGGCAGAAAGUAGCUCGGGUAAGCGCAUUUGGCUUUUUCUGA